UCAUCCCAUCGAUUACUUCAGAUAGACAGGCCACAGGCCCAUACUAUCUCUCUCUCACUCUCUCUCAAUUGACCAAAAUGAAAUAGUUCUACUUCACAAACUGACCGAAAACCCCUAAAACCCUAACAAAAUUAAACCCAUUUUCCCCCAAUUUCUUCAGAUUCGAAAAUCUGGGUAAAAAUGGCGUCGAUUUCAUUGAAAGGGAAGACGAAGAACAUAGCAAAUAGAUCGAAGAGAUACUUAGAAGAAGCUUUAUAUCGUAGACUGUUUAAAGAUGGCGGAGAUGAAGUUAGUGUUCGUCAUCAAUUGAAUGAGUUCCUCAAAAGUCGUAAGAAAGUUUACAAAUGGGAAGUUGGUGAUACCAUUAAGAAGCUUCGACAACGCAAGCACUAUUAUGCUGCUCUUAAGCUUUCAGACACUAUGGCUAGUAGGGGCAUGAACAUGACAUUAAGUGACCAAGCUAUCCACCUUGAUCUUAUUGCCAAGACUCACGGCAUUACUGCUGCUGAGAAUUAUUUUGUUGAUCUUCCUGAAUCAUCAAAAUACAUAGAGUGUUAUGGUGCCCUUCUUAAUUGCUACUGCAAGGAUUUGAACUCUGAUAAAGCUGAAGCACUUAUGGAGAAGAUGAAGGAACUCGGUCUGCCUAUUACUGCCAUGUCUUACAACAGCCUGAUGACUAUGUACACAAAAAGUGGUCAGCCUGAAAGAGUACCUGCUCUGGCACAAGAAAUGAAGGCCUCUAAUAUUAUGCUACAAAUAUACACGUAUAAUGUCUGGAUGAGAGCUUUAGCAGCGGCUAAUGACAUUGAUGGGUUUGAGAGAGUUUUGGAUGAGAUGAAGCGAGAUGGACGAGUGGCCGAAGAUUGGACAACAUACAGCAAUUUAGCAUCAAUUUAUGUCGAUGCUGGGAUGUCGGACAAGGCUGAGAAUGCUCUUAAGGAGCUUGAGAAGCGGAACACUUCAAAAGCACUCUCACCAUACCAAUUUCUCAUUACUUUAUAUGGUAGAACUGGGAAUUUGGUUGAGGUUUAUCGUGUUUGGCGCUCUUUAAGGCUUGCCUUUCCUCAAACUCCAAAUAUUGCUUACUUGAAUAUGAUUCAGGUUUUGGUCAACUUGAAAGAUAUACCAGGUGCUGAGAAAUGCUUUAAGGAAUGGGAAUCUGGCUGUUCACUUUAUGAUAUUCGUAUAGCAAAUGCACUCAUUGGAGCCUACGUCAAAGAUGGUUUGUUAGAAAAGGCUCAAAAGCUCAAAGAGUGUGCUAGAAGUAGAGGGGCUAACCCUAAUGCUAAAACUUGGGAGAUCUUUCUGGAUUAUCAUUUGAAGAAAGGGGAAACUAACCCAGCGGUUGAUUGUGUUGAAAAUGCAAUAAGCAACGGAAGGGGAGAUGGGACUAAGUGGGUUCCAUCUGUCGAAAUAAUCAAUGCAAUGAUGCAGCUCUUUGAACAAAAUAAGGAUGUUGAUGGGGCUGAAAGUUUUCUGGAGCUUGUGAGAAAUGCUGUGGAUAACUUGGGGGCAGAAGCAUAUGAAUCAUUGAUAAGAACAUAUGCAGCCGCUGGAAGGACUAGUCCUUCUCUGCAUCGCCGAUUGAAGAUGGAAAAUGUAGAUUUGAAUGAGGCAAGUAAGAAGUUGCUUGAGGCAAUUACCGUUGAAUGAGUCUCCCUUUUUUGACCUGUAAUUCUUGCUCUUACAAAUUUUUGGCUAGUUGAUAGCUAUUAUGCCAACUGUUGUUGUUUCAAUAAUGGAUAUGGCCUGUUUUUGUGGCUAAUUCUCUAAUUUUCGUUGUUAGAUGUGAGAUGAAUGGAAUUUUGUGUCCUUUCUUAGCCUGUAUGCUGAUGGCAGAACUCUCUGGUUCGCUGAUUGACAUUGAUACUUGCAACUUAAUAUGUCUGAAAAUAUUUAUGUAACUGUAUUUUUAGGACCUGGGAUUUUGUGAGUGAA